AUGGCUUCCUCAUCGUUCCGAGACUCGAUAAACUCUUUGGGCUGGUCGCGCGCCACCGAAGAGCCCGUCAACACGACCGCACAUUCUGGCUUCUUCUCUGGUAUCCAAAACCUGAACCCCUUUCGGGAUCGCGGAUACCUGCAGCUGCCUACCCAUGAAGCGUCACCGGGCGCGCCUCUGCCUGCGCCAAGUCGUCGCGAAGAAGAAGAGGGCUGGUUUGUCCUCAGUCGCUGGGACAGACUCUUGGUCUUUGCUGCUUGUAACCUUGCCGCCCUAGCAUGCUUCGUCAUAUGCUUCACGCUCUUCCCCAUCGUUGCCACUCGCCCACGCAAGUUUGUUCUCUUAUGGACUGUGGGAUCCGGCCUGUUUUUGGCGUCCUUUGCGGCCGUCAUGGGUCCCAUGAAUUAUGUCUAUCACCUCUUAUCGGCGCCUAGACUGCCUUUCACUGCGGCCUACUUUGGAUCCAUUAUAAUGACGUUGAUCUUUGCCAUAAAACUACAAAACACGAUUCUUACGCUGUUUUCGGCCCUCGUCCAGCUUGCCGCCCUUGCUUGGUAUCUUGUCAGCUACUUUCCCAUGGGCUCAGCCGGCCUGCGCAUGGCAACGACGUUCGGUGCUAGGCAAGCGACAUCUUGGAUGAGUGGCUGA